AUGUGCACGCCUGUGCCUUGGGGGUUGGAUUCUCUUCCUGAGUCCCAGGAGAAGCUGAAGGAGCUCCCAGCCAUGGAGGACCCUGAAGAGACAAGAGCACACCCUCUGGGAGAUGCCGGCAGGAACUUUGUUCCUGGAAACCGACAGAAAGAAAAGCCCUCUCCAGACCCCUUAUAUGACACACCUGAUGCCAGUGGGACACAGGCAGGCGGGUCCCAACCACCAGCACGCACUGUGAGCCUGCGGGAGCGGCUGCUGAUCACCCGGCCCGUGUGGUUACAGCUGCGGGCCAACGCUGCAGCCGCACUACACGUGCUGAGGACAGAGCCUCCAGGGACCUUCCUGGUGCGGAAAUCUAACACUCGCCAGUGCCAGGCUCUGUGUGUGAGGCUGCCAGAAGCCAGUGGCCCCUCUUUUGUCUCCAGCCACUAUAUCCAAGAGAGCCCCAGUGGCAUCUCUUUGGAGGGCUCAGAGCUCAUGUUCCAGGACCUGGCCCAGCUCAUCUGUGCAUACUGCCAUACCCGGGACAUUCUUCUCCUCCCCCUCCGGCUCCCCAGAGCCAUCCAUCAGGCAGCCACCCACAAGGAGCUGGAGGCCAUCUCCCAUCUAGGCAUGGAGUUCUGGAGUUCCUCCCUCAACACCAAGAUUCAUCAGAGGCCUUCGGAAGGCCCGCCGAUACCCCGGCUGAAGGCUCGGUCCCCUCAGGAGCUGGAUCAGGGCACUGGCGCAGCCCUGUGCUUCUUCAACCCCCUCUUCCCAGGGGAUCUGGGCCCCACCAAACGUGAGAAAUUCAAGAGGAGUUUCAAAGUGCGUGUGUCCACAGAGACCUCCAGCCCUCUAUCUCCACCUGCUGUGCCGCCUCCCCCAGUCCCCGUGCUGCCAGGGACAUCUUCUAGCCAAGCAGGAAGACUGCCUCCUCGACAGCUGCUGCAGAGGGAGAGCUCAGUGGGCUACCGCGUGCCAGGAAGUGCUGCUGGGCCUAGUCUUCCCUCUCUACCCUCGCUUCAAGAGGUGGACUGCUGCUCCCCCAGCAGCUCCGAGGAAGAUGAGGGUUCUCCCGGAAGCCCUACAACCUCCCCACGCCUCAGCCGUCCAUGGCAGCGGCGGCCUCUGCUUCGGUCCAUGAGUUCUGCUUUCUGCUCUCUGCUGGCACCAGAGAGGCAGGUGGGCCGGGCAGCCAAAGUGCUAGUGCAGAACCGAUACACAGCUGUGGGUCAGCUAGUGCAGGACCUACUGACCCAGGUUCGGGCUGGUCCUGAGCCCCGGGAGUUGCAAGGCAUCCGCCAAGCCCUGAGCCGGGCCCGGGCCAUGCUGUGUGCCGAACUGGGCCCUGAGAAGCUGCUACCACCUGAGAGGCUGGAACUGGUCCUGGAGAAGUCCCUGCAUCGGUCUGUUCUCAAGCCUCUUCGGCCUAUCCUAGCUGCCCGCCUGCGGCGCCGGCUUUCCACAGAUGGUUCCCUUGGCCGCCUAGCUGAGGGCUUCCGCCUGGCCCGGACUCAGGGGCCUGGAGCCUUCGGUUCCCACCUGAACCUCUCCUCCCCAGUGGAGACAGAACAGGUGCGCCAGAAGCUGCUGCAGCUGCUUCGUGCCUACUCACCUAGUGCCCAGGUCCAGUGGCUUCUGCAGGCCUGCAAGUUGCUCUACACAGCCCUGAAAACCCAGGCGGGGGAGGAUGCAGGCGCGGACGAGUUCCUGCCUCUGCUGAGCCUUGUUCUGGCCCAAUGUGACCUUCCUGACCUCCUGUUAGAAGCCGAGUACAUGUCGGAGCUGCUAGAACCCACCCUGCUCACCGGAGAGGGCGGCUACUACCUGACCAGCCUCUCGGCCAGCCUGGCCUUGCUGUGUGACCUGAGCCAGGCCCGCACUCUCCCGCUCAGCCCGGCACAGGAGCUCCAGCGCUCUCUGGCCCUCUGGGAACAGCGCCGCCUGCCGGCCACCCACAGCUUGCAGCACCUCCUUCGAGUAGCCUACCAGGACCCCAACACAGGUUGCACCUCCAAGACCCUGGCCGUGCCCCCGGAGUCUUCAAUUGCUACCCUGAGCCAACUCUGUGCCACCAAGUUCCGAGUGACCCAGUCUGAUGCAUUCGGCCUCUUCCUCUACAAGGACCAGGGCUACCACCGCCUGCCCCCUGAAGCCCCGGCCCACGGGCUUCCAGCAACUGGCUACCUCGUCUACCGCCGGGCAGAGCGCCCUGAGACCCAGGCAGCUGCAACAGAGAAGGCAAAGAUGGGCAGUGAGAGGCCAGAAACAGGAGCGUGGGAGGAGGAGAAAGGGGCCCUACACAGUGAAGGGGAGCCUGAGACAACUGUUGGCCGAGGAGGCGAGGAUCAGGCCAGAGGAGGUCAUGUACAGCCAGAGGAAGAAAUGACAGAGGGAAGCCAGGCUGCAGAAGAGUAGCUAGAAAGAGCCAAAAGGGUCGCCU